AUGGACGAUGAGGCCCGCGCGGAGCUGCAGCAGCUAUUAGACGCGGUCAACGGCCCGCAGCCGUGCGGGUACUGGUGGGCCGCGCGCCUGGUGCGCUCGCUCGUGCUCGCGCUUAACCAGUUCCGCGUGAAGGCGCAGCGAGCUGCGCGCGCGCACGCGCACAGGCGAGAAAAAGGGGGGGGAGCGGGGGCGGGGGCGGGGGCGGGGGGGAGGAGGGGAGGGGAGGAGGAAGGGGAGGAGCUGUUGCUAUUCGGGCCUGGUCUGGAUUCAGACGCCUCUUCGCUUGAUAGCAGCCUGCAGGCUGUUGUUUCUGCAGAGUCCCUUUCUCGCUUCAACCCCUCCCCUUGUCCUUCCCCCUGUCCUCCUCGCCCCCAUUUCCUUCCCCAUCCUCUCCACCCCUCCCACUCUUCCUCACACCCUUCCCAAAACCACCUUCCUCUCUCAAACCCCACUUCUCUGCCCACACCCCCUCACGCCACCGCCUUCCCGCCAAACUCCCUCAUCCCAUCCCCCCUCCUCCCUUGCCCCCCAACCCUCCCCUGCUCCCCCUCCCUUGCCCCACGCAACCCAGCUCGAGCAUUAAUCCAAAGGGCAGGUCCGGACAACUUCCUGCCGCCCGACCUGCUCAAAUCCGAAUCCGAGGGCGAAUCUGACAUCUGGGUCGUAGGCGCGCUCGCCUUCCUGCUCCUCUCCGGCCGCCCGCCCUACGACGUGGGAGCGCCGUCCCUCGCGCUGUGCAUAGCGCGCGAGGAGGGCUUUCUGGACCUGUUCUCGCCCCCCUGGGACGCCGUGCCGCUGCCUGCACGGCACCUGCUGGCCCGACUGCUGAGGCACGACUCGGCCAAGCGAGCCACGCCCAACGAAGUCCUCAGAAACGAGUGGCUCGUGCAGACUUGCGCCAUUCCCGCCCCUCCACCCGCAGCAGCAGCAGGCUUGGCAGCAGGUUCGGCAGCAGGUUUCGCACUAGCAGGCUCGGGAGCAGCAGAGAUCCCGUUCCCCCUAUCUGCAUCGCAAGAUCUUACUGACACUGGAAGAACGGGCAACGUAGAGAGCAGCACCAUCAGUAAUGUGCGAGGGGGCGGGAUGAGCAAUGCAUUCAGUCCCUUAAAGCCCUGUGGUGUGAGUGCGUCUGCUGGUGAUGCUACGAACGCAGGGAGCAUUGCUGGUGGCUGUGCGAAUGUUGGGGGCAGGGGUGGAGACCAGGAGGAGGCUGUGUGUGCAGGGGUAGGGGCAACGGAGGGGAGGUUGGCGAGAAGAGGUGGAGAGGCGGAGAUCGUGAGAGAUGGGAAAGGGGAAACAGAGGGAUAUGGAAUCUCUGCAACCGAAAACCACCUGCCUUUCAGCCCCACGCGCCCCCCUCUUCCGUCCUCCUCCCCAGUCUCCUCCCCUUCGUCGCUCUCCAACUCUAGAAAGAGCCCGACAGGACGGGAUAGGCUUGCGCCGUCUGCUGCCAGGCCUCCAAGAAUGGGCGGGGCAGCAGGGGGGGGUGCGCAUGAGAUGGGCUCGCUUUCUAGUAGGCUGCACGUUAGCAGCAGUAGCAGUAGCAGCGGCGGCGGCACGGGAAAGGCGCCGCCUCCUUAUGCUCGAAAAGGGGUGCGGUUUCAAGAUUUGGAGGAGAUGGGGCGAGGGGAGGGGAAGGAGGAGGAGGGGAGUAGAGGUGGAGGGAAGGGUGCGGGAGAGAGGAGCGGGGGAGAGGAGGAGGAAGAGGAGGAGGAGGAUGAUGGAGAGUUCUGUGAGGUGAAGGGUGCAGAGGUAUCGUCAGAUUAUAUGGCAGCCUUGGCUUCGGCUAGUGCGAGGGUUGAUAGGCAGCUGUUGCAAUCCCUGAGAGGCAUGCCGAAAGGGUUCCCAGGAAACAAAGUGCUGGGAGGGGGGUUAGGGGGAGGGGGAGGGGGAGGGGGAACGGUAGGGGGAGGGUUUGGUGGAGGAAGGUUAGGUGGAGGAGAGGCGGGAGAAACGCUAAGAAAAGAAGCCGUUGCAGAAGGAAGUGUUGGUGAUGUGGGGGGAGAAGUUGCCGAGGUGAACAGAGGUGCGGGGGCGGCGGGAACAGGAAGAGGGCUGGACCAGAAAUUGGAGCCACAGCAGCAACAGCAGCAGCAGGGAGAGAAGCAGGAUGAUGUGCUUGAUGUGGCUGAAUUGGUGCCGCUGGUAUCGGUGGGUGAUCACACGGUCGACAACCUUCUAGGGGACUUUGCGGCUGAGCUGGCAGCAGAAGAAUUUCAAGACAAGAACGAGGCAAGAGUGGGUGGCUCAGAGCAGAUACCAGCAGCAGAGCAUCAAUCAGGCCGCAGUGAAAGCGGCGACGCACACUCCCGUGUGCAGAGCGGUGGCAGAGGCAACAGGGCAGGCAACAGACGAGGCAACAGCAGCGGAGUUUCUAUAGGCGAUGGUGAUGCGAGUGGUGGCGGUGGUGCUGUUGGUGGUGCAUUCUCCUUGGAUAACUGGGAUGCAGGUCUUGAUUUGAAUGAGUUGCAGGGAUUAGGUGGAGGAGGAGGAGGAGAGCCCAAUCCAGGGACCGAAAUUGAUAGUAGCAGCUUGGAAGCACCAGUGCCAGGCCGGAGGAGAAGAGACAUGCGAGGAGGAGGAUUGGGAGAAGCUGUAGCAGGAGGGAUGGGUCCUUUAGAGGUUCCUGACGGGGAUGGGGAGGGAGCAGGAGGGGAGCCCGCUAACACGGACGGGCCGCUGGGAAUAGAGCAGUCCAUGAUUGUGGAUGGCUUGGGUCGGCGCCUGCUCAAGUCGCCAGUAGCUAGCACGCACCCUCGGAGAAGGCACGGUCGUUCCUCCCAUGUGUUUUGCUGA